GGACUGCAACAGCCGCGGGACCUUAGGGGCGGCUGAGUUAGCCGCAGUGUUGGGCUGGCGCUUCUCGUGCUCCGCUCGGUCCCGGCAACACCAUGGAGCGGGGCCCGGAGCGGGAAGCUGGGGCGCCAGAUCCGGUCCCAGCGGUCUCCUCCGGCUCGGGGUCGCGGUUGCCGGGAGGCUUCGGCUCCGCAGAAGCCUUGGCGGCGCUGGGUGCGAUCGGGCGGCGGUUGCUGUGGCUGCUCCCCGUGUAUCUGGCCGGCCGGGCGGGGCUCAGCGUGGGCUUCGUGGUAGCUGGCGUGGCCCUUUACAUGGGCUGGCGGAGCCGGCGCCUGGGCAAGGAGCGAUCGUUGCAGGCGGCUGAAUUGUUCCUGGGCGAUGAAGAGGUGACGAUGAAGAGCGCCACGGAUCUGGGCCGGAGCCUGGGUCGGAGCGAGCUGCCCGCCUGGGUCAGUUUUCCAGACGUUGAGAAAGCCGAAUGGCUCAAUAAGAUUCUGGCCCAAGCUUGGCCCUUCUUUGGUCAGUACAUGGAGAAACUCCUGGUGGAAAAUAUUGCCCCAAGUAUACGGGCUUCUAACACCCACUUGCAGACCUUCACCUUCACCAAGAUUGACAUGGGAGAAAAGCCCCUCAAAAUCAUUGGAGUCAAAGUUCACACAGGCUUGAACAAGAAGCAAAUCUUGCUGGACUUAAACAUUAGCUACGUGGGUGAUGUCCAGAUUGACGUGGAAGUGAAGAAAUUUUUCUGCAAGGCUGGAGUGAAAGGCAUGCAGUUACACGGCAUGCUGCGAGUCAUUCUGGAGCCCCUCAUUGGUGAUGUCCCAAUCAUAGGAGCACUUACCAUGUUCUUCAUUCGCCGCCCAACUCUGGAUAUUAAUUGGACUGGAAUGACCAAUCUGUUGGACAUCCCUGGACUGAGCUCCCUGUCUGACACAGUGAUCAUGGACUCCAUUGCCUCUUUCUUGGUUCUCCCUAACCGCUUGCUCAUCCCAUUGAUCCCUGAUCUCCAUGAAGCAGCUCAGCUCCGUUCCCCAAUUCCCAGGGGCAUUGUCCGUGUAUAUCUAAUGGAAGCUAAGAACCUGCAGUCCAAGGAUAAGUACAUCAAAGGGAUGAUUGAGGGCAAGUCAGACCCAUAUGCCAUUGUGCGUGUGGGAACGCAGGUCUUCACCAGCAAAGUCAUUGAUGAAGACCUCAAUCCCAAGUGGAAUGAGAUGUAUGAGUUUAUUGUACACGAGGUACCAGGGCAGGAACUGGAAGUGGAGCUGUUUGACAAAGACCCCGAUCAGGAUGACUUCUUGGGCAGGAUGAAGCUGGACUUUGGGGAGGUGUUCAGGGCUCGUGUGUUAGAGGAGUGGUUCCCUUUACAAGAUGGAGGCCAGGCUCGUGUGCAUUUACGUCUGGAGUGGCAUACGCUCAUGUCAGAUGAUUCCAAGUUGGAUCAGGUUCUUCAGUGGAACAAAACUAUCUCCUCAAAGCCAGAUCCUCCCUCAGCAGCCAUCUUGGUUGUGUAUUUAGACAGAGCACAAGAAUUACCACUGAAGAAAUCUAGUAAGGAGCCCAAUCCUGUGGUCCAGCUAUCCAUUCAAGAUGUCACUCGGGAGAGCCGGGUUGUCUAUAACACUGUCUCCCCUGUCUGGGAUGACGCUUUCCGCUUUUUCCUGCAAGAUCCAACUGUCGAGGACAUUGAUAUACAGGUCAAAGAUGACAAUCGCCAGACCACCCUGGGCUCCCUCACAAUCCACUUGUCUCGCCUUUUAAGUGCUGAUAAUCUGACCCUGGACCAGUGGUUCCAGCUGGAGAACUCUGGACCCAACAGCCGCAUCUACAUGAAACUCAUUAUGCGGGUAUUAUAUCUGGAUGCCCCUGAAGUGUGUUUCAAUACCCAACCACGUCCCCCAGGACAUCUGAAUGUCACAGAGAGUCCCCAUCUUGGUAGCAGUGUCGAUGUGCCUUCUCGGCCGACCAAGGCCAGCCCAGAUGCUGCUUUUGGCACCGAGAGUGUAAUUCGCAUUCACUUGCUGGAAGCGGAGAACUUAAUUGCCAAGGAUAAUUUCAUGGGCGGGAUGAUUAAGGGCAAGUCAGACCCUUAUGUCAAAGUGCGCUUGGGAGGCCAGAAGUUUCGCAGCCGAGUCAUCAAGGAAGAGCUCAACCCUCGCUGGAGUGAGAUCUACGAGGUCAUUGUGAGCAACAUCCCAGGACAGGAGGUAGAGUUCGACUUGUACGAUAAAGAUGUUGACAAAGAUGAUUUCCUGGGGAGAUGCAAGAUCCCUUUGAAGCGUGUGCUAAGCAGCAGGUUUGUGGAUGAGUGGCUCCCCCUAGAAGACGUGAAAUCGGGACGUCUCCAUGUGAAACUGGAGUGCCUGCCCCCUAUGCCCAGUGCUGCUGAGCUCGAGCAGGUUCUAAGAGUGAACAGCUUAAUCCAGACCCCAAAGAGUGAAGAACUGUCAUCUGCCCUUCUCUCUGUCUUCCUUGACAGGGCAACUGGGUUGCCACUGCGGAAGGGAUCGAAACCUCCAAGUCCUUCCGUCACCCUCUCUGUCCGAGGUGUCUCCUAUAAGACUAAGGUUUCCCCUCAGACAGCAGAACCAGUGUGGGAUGAAGCUUUCUCCUUCCUUAUCAAGAGGCCCCACGCAGAAUCUUUAGAGUUGCAGGUCAAGGAUGAUGGGCACAUCCUGGGCAUCCUGUCACUCCCACUCUCACAAGUGCUGGCUGCAGAGGGGCUUGUCCUUGACCGCUGGUUCCAGCUCACUAACUCUGGUACUGCUAGCCAGGUCUUGAUGCGAGUGCAGCUUGGGCUUCUGAUUUCUCAGCACUCUGGGGUGGAGGCUUUCCAUGCUGCCGCAGGGGAUGAAAAUGAGGAGAACUCCCAGAAGGGGUCAGAGACUGAGCUGUAUAUCAGAGAGGAUGGAGACUCUGGCUCCCCGCAAGAGCUGCGCCAGCGGAUCCCCCAUGCCAACAGUAAUUUGGAGCUACCAGACACACCCCUGGGACAGCUGCAGCUCACUGUCUGGUACAACAUGGAUGCAAGGAAACUGAUUGUGAUCAUACACGCCUGCAGAAACCUCAAGUCAAGUGCCAGGGAUGCUCCUGACCCCUAUGUCUCUUUGAUCCUGCUGCCUGACAAAUCUCGUGUCACCAAGAAAAAGACUACUGUACGGAAGAAGACUGUGAAUCCUGAGUUCAGUGAGAAGUUUGAGUGGGAUCUCACUUUCGAAGAAGCCCAACGGAGGAAGCUGGAGGCCUACGUUAAAAACAGUGUCUCUUUUAUGUCCCGAGGAGAGCCAAUCGGAAAGGUACACAUUGACCUCUCCCAAAAGGACCUCACCCAAGGUGCUGCCCAGUGGUACGAUUUAAAAGAUGACAAAAGCAGCUCCUAGUUUCCAGAGUGCCUCCACGAUCCAAGGACUUGAGCUGGCAUGAAGACCCCCACCACUGCUGCCACCACCCUUCACUGCAAGAUUCCAAGCUCAUCUUCUGCUGGAUGGGCUUUUCGGUGUUUUGCUUUCCUAAGCAAUCAUAGAAUUGUGUUUCUUUAAAAAAAUCUUCUUUUUCAGUGUGAAACCAAUAGGGGUGGAGAAAUAACCCCUGAUUGGAUUUUUGAAGGGAAGAUGGACAAAGAUUCACAUCCUGCAUUCACCUUGCAUGCUUCUCUUAGCACUGAAAACCAUACGCUGCCUUUAUCUUGACCAAAGAAGCGGGCCUUUUUCAUCUUUCUGUUGGGGUUGGGGUUCCUUAGCCAUCUUGCAAGCUGAUGCUUUUGGCAGCUGCUGUAGAAGCAGCUAAAAAGACCAAGAGCUGCCUGAGCUCAUCUCAGGGCAUUAGGUGAAAGAUACAAGGAGAACAACCUGGAGGGACCAAGUAUUUCUCCCGUGUGAUGAUGGGCAAAUGAUAGAGGUUUCCAAACGUGAAGAGGGCCAUGGAUGUUUUCAAAGAGGACCAGUCAUUUGGAAAGGGAACAUAACAGUGGCAAAAGAGAUUGGGGUUCUGUCCUAAUUCUCCUACUAGUAGGGCUUUCAAAUGGCAUUCGGCCAUCUGGAACAAGAGAAAUAGAAAGUGGGGAAGUGCCGUGGCCAAGCAAUUAUUAUUUGCAAUGUUUAUAUUUUUCCCACAUUGGGGGAAUCCAUGACACUGAGCGCUGUGCAUUUUGCUGAUACUCCAAGAGGGGAGUAUCCCAUCCCAACUUUUUGCAAAUCCCCAGUACUGUGGUAGCAGAUGGUUAUCUUACCACACCUUCCUUCUUCUUUCUGCUUCUGAAUUUUCAAAAUUGAAUCCGUUUGUGUUUGCUUCUUGGCUUGUUCCAUUUCGUGCAGCCAAUCCAAAUGGGCGGAUUGCUUUCGUAGAGUAACUUUACGGAUGCCGCUUAGUUGCUGUUUUAAAAAUGAAUGUUGUCUGGUGCCUUCUUGCAUUCUAGUCUUUGAUCUGGUGUGAGGAGCGAAGCCCUCCUGUUACACCAAGUUCUAGGACGGUGUGCAUGCUGUAGCAAGGAAAUUCUGACUCUCUGCUCCAAAUCAGAUUUACAGAACCUAUCUACCUAUAUACAGAGUGACCUGCAUGAUUUGCAUUUUGAUGACUUCCAAUCUACUUUGUACAGUGAGGAGAAAGAUAGAUACAGAAACCGUGAGGAGAUCAUGCUUCCCGGAGCAACAAAACUCACAAGAAAUGAGAUGGCCAGAAAAGGCCUGUGCUGGUCUCCAACCAUGAACUAUAGGCAUGAUUUUUCUUAGCUAGCAUGAACAAAUUUUUAAGAUGAGCUUCUGGGCUUUCCACAUAUGUAAACUAAAGCAUUUUAACUCUUUUUUUUCACUGAUGAAUCACUGUUUGCAAAUUGGCAGUGCUGUGCCAUUCAAUGCCACUUUGGCAGGGACGCCAAUUGAGUUGAUCCCUCUUUUAAACGAAAGCCAACUGCAAGGUCGCCAUUUUUGCAACCAGUCAUCCAACCAUUCUCUUCCAGUGGGGAGAGUGUGCGCAGCAAGCUCCCGGCAUGACUUAGCAGCUGCCCUGGGGUUGGUUUUAUGGAGGUUUGUUUUCUGUGAUGGUGUUAUGAGAAAGAAGGUACUGGUUUAGUGAUUUUAAAGGAUCAUGCUCAUAGCUCCGGGAAGCCAAAUCCCGGGGGAUGCCUCACAGCGGCAGUUGGUUUCUUCUCCUGUUCCAGAUCUUAUAAUAUGGGGCAGGUGGGCAGAAUCUGGGGAGCAAGAAAAGGUGGGAUGCGCUCCUGAACUUCCCAACUUCGCACAGGAAAACGUUUCCUUGCAGUGGUACCUGAUGUUCCACCAUUCCACCGUCUGGCCACUGAGCCAAUUCUUUUCCAGCUAUCCCACACGCACCCUGCCAAAUUCCCAUGCAUUUCUAUUCACACACUGUUGCUCUCUCAUCUCUGAAAAAAACCUAAGAUCGCUAUCUGUAAUUUAUAAAUAGAUUUUUUUUAACGGCUUCUAUCUCUUUGUACAACCAUAGCGAAUGUAUCUGACACAACAAAUACGCCUCUCCACUCGGUCGGGUGGUGCUGCGCCCCCACGUGUGCUGGCAGUCCGCCUGCUGGGGGCUGAAUCGCCCACUGCCUUCCAUGCCAAGCCAAGGUUUCAGCUUGCUGUCUUCCUCAAGCAGGCUUUACCAUGCAAGUGUGUUUCUGGCCGUUGUGCCUCUCAUAGCCACUGCUGUAAUUUGUUGUAGCAAAUAAAGAGAAGAGGAAAAUGUGA